AUGCGCGCGUCCCGCGACGACGAGCGGUGGACCUCGGUCCCGUUGCUCGAUUCGGAUGACGGCGCGGCGGCGGCGCGGCGCCACGCCCGCGGUCGCACCGGGCGAUGGGUCGCGGCGGGCGCGGCGGUGGGCGCGAUAGCGCUCGUGCUCGUCGCGGCGCUCGCGCUCACCGAUCCCGCGCGGCGUCGCGGGGUCGCAACGAGCGACGCGGCGCCUAAACCCGCGACGCGCGCGAACGCGGCGCACGCCGCGACGCUGGGACGAACGUCGUCGUCGGACGCGAACGAUGAUGGACGCGCGGGGCAUCUCGCCGCGCGUCGGCGCCGCUCGCCGCGCGAUGCGCCGCUCUCCGCCGCGCGCGUCGUCCCCGGCGUAGGAUCCGGCGUGGGCGAGAACGAGAUGGUGACGCUCGUGGACCUCGACGACCUCGACGAGGAGACCGGCGAGAAGAGCGAGGCGCAACGGGGAUGGAGGAAGGGCGAUGAACGGUGGCUAAAGCCCUCCACCAUCGAGGCGCACGUCCACGCCGCCGACGACGAGCUCACCAACGAGUUCCUCGACGAGCUACCGACGCGCGUCCCGGCGCACGCCAUCGCCGAGGUGAAGUGGGCCAAGUUCGACGAAACGAGAGACAGGGUGCUGCCGCCCGCGGACGUCGGAUCGUACGCGGGGGAGGAGAUCGACUGGACGGUGGUGCGGGAGAAGAAGGCGGCGGCGGCGGGAGCAGCGGCGGAGGGCGCGAAGCAGAACGAGCGCAUUCGGCUCAUCGUCGAGUCCGAGCGCCUGGCGGCUGAGCAGGCGAGGUGGUCAGACUCGACGUACGGAAGCGCCGCGCCGAGCGGGUCGUUCAUCCUGGCGCCCAUAUGCCUCGCGGUGGUGUCCAGCGUGGUCGUCAUCGCGGUGCUGCUGGUCCGAAACCGCGGGCCGUACGGGGUGGACGGAAAAGGCGGUGACGACGGCGGCGACAUGGGCGGACACGUACGCGAAGACGAUCGGCGAGUUCGGGGAUCCGAAGGGGAGUCGAUCCUCGGAGAGACGGAUGGAGGAUCGAAGGGCUCGGACCGGGACGUGGAGAGCGGGGACGUUCGUCUUGGAGGUAUCAUCGGGGAAGGGGGCGACGCGAACCGUCGUUCGAUGGACGGCGCCGAGUCGUCCUCCGUCGCGGACUCGCACUCCUUUGCCAAUUACGGCGCGACGAAGAAUCAUCAUCAUCAUCAUCAUCAUCAUCAUCACGGGGGCGGUCGGAAUUCCGACGCGGCUAACCUGCGCGGGCUGAUGGCGGGAUUCGGCUCGAGGAACACCGCGAUGGACCGGCUCAUCGACGACAGCAGGAGCGACGUCGCGCCGUCCGAGGCGCCCAGCACGGUGUUCGAGAUUAAUCCCCCGCGGUGGGUGGCGAGGAUGUUCGGCGCCGGGGGGCCGAGAGAUUCCGGCAACUCCGCGGUGGGCGUCGAGGAGGCGGCCGUCGCGGCGGCGCUCGAGCGCGGUAACUCCAGCCGCGGCGAGUCGGUGUUCAGCGCCGCGGACUUCUCCGACGCGGAGGCGUACGCGUACGCGAUGCGCCUCCGAUCGGGGACGAAAAGUUACCCCCGCGGGAAACCUCAUUCACAACCCGGUCAUCCUCAUCACGCGAACGCGCCGGCGGCGGACGGGACGGGGCGCGCGAGCGCGGCGGGGCGGGCGGUCGCGACGAGCGCGCACGCGAGCGCGUUCGCCGCGCCGCCGCCGCCGCACCUACAGUCGAGGUCCGCGGGCGGCGGCGGCGGCGGCGCGGCGGCGGCGGCGGCGGGGGGGAGUGGGAAGCCGCCGAGGCCGUUUGUCGGCGCCGCGAUGGCCGGCGCGGGCCGGCCGGUGCCCCCGGAUCGACCGCCGCGGAUCGUCAAGUCGACGACGCGGUUCCUGUGA